AAGUGCGCGCGCAACUUCAUUCCGCGCGCGAUCGUAAACUCGCGCAGGUUGUAACGAACUGCCGAAAAAAUACGAAUGUAAUUAAUCGUAAUAAAUAAAUAAAUAAAUAAUAAUUAAUCGUCAUUAUUGUGCUAAUAAUGUUAUAAAAACUGUGAAUAAAAGUGUAGUGUUGUGACAGUGAAUUAAUAUUUAUUUUUUUAAUACAUACGGAUAACACGUUGACAUCACCAUGGCAACCAAAUCCUACAGCAAGCACAAGGAGUACAAGGAGUUCUCAAGCAGUGGGACAAUUCCAUACACAGACGAACAGUUUGACAUGUUGAAAUCGGAGCUGAUCCCAAAGGGCAGCAAGCUGGACUCUCUGGGGCGCGGCGGCGGAACGCGGGAGUACCACUACGAAUACAAGGAGGAGAAGCAUCCCUCCGGGAAGUACGACAGGAAGGACAUGCAUACUGUUGAGGAAUACACCAUCCCUCCGCGCACAGUGCCCAAGUCCUCGGAAACCAGCUCGUACUACUACGAGAGGGAGGAGAGGGAUCUACCGGCGAUCACCUCCGGCACUCGCACCUACAACUAUGAGUCUUCUACCAGCUCCACACCAGGCUACUCCAAAGUCAAGAGCUCGAAGGUAUCAAAAGACCUGACGCAGAACGUUGAGGAACUGGACUCGCUUCUCGACGACCUUCAGAAAGACCAGGAGAGGCAGCUGUACAAAAGUAAGAAUCAUGAUGGAUACACAUCGGACACUGCUGAGAGUACAUCCUUUGACUACAGAAGAGGCACCCCAGCCAAAGCCCCCUCCAGCGGGUACUCAACCCUGAAGCGUGAAGAGCGCCUGGAGUCGUCUUCAUGGGGCUCCAGCCCACCGCCCACCAUUACCAGGGCAGCUGAGGUGCGCCAGGAGCUGUACCGGGAGGAGAAAACGGAGGUGAGACCAGUCCCGGUGCAGACGCUGCCGCUGCCGGCGCAGGCGCCGCCCGCGCCCUGCACGCACUGCCACCACACCAACUCCUCAACCGGCACUCUCUCCCGCAGUGGUACUCCCAUGAACAAGGUGACCACCACAGUGAAGACCUACACGUACGAGGUGCCGGCCGACCAGGACCCCACCACCGUGCCCAUCCCCACCGGCUCCGAGCACCACCACACUUAUGUCACCGAGCACAAUAGGAUCACGACCACCGGUUCAUCUCCCGUGCCGGUAGCCCCCGCGCCGGGUGGCUGCCAGUACUGCUCACACUGCAACUCCUCCACCAGGGAGUACAGGACAGUCACCACUACUGAUGUUUCAGAACGCAACAACGAGCGCAUGGUGUACCCGACUCCUGCCAAUGAGGUCAAACUCCUGCCCUCAGAACCGCAUAAUGGACACGGCCCCUAUGGUCCAACAACAUACAAGUACUCCGAGACGUCGUACUUGAGCCAGAACACGUCGCAGCGCUUCCCCCCGGCGGGACCCGCCCCCGGGGCCCUGCACCCCGCGCCCUCCCCCUCGCCGGGGCCCUUCCCGCGCCCCACCACGCCCUCGCCCGGCACGCAGCAGCCGCCCAAGAAGCUUGAUGACCUGCUGGCUGACUUCCCCGAAGCGCGUUUCCCGACACAGCCGGACGGCGUGGUGCGUCGCAACGUGCACGUGUCGCACGAGAGCUCUGCGCAGGGCACGCUGGGGUGCGACACGCGCGACGCGCGCGACACGUCCGCCGCGCCAAGCCCCAAGCCCCCGAUAGUGGGCAGCCGCAACGUGGCCGGGCCCGCCGUCUACUACCCGCCGGGGCACACGCCCUUCCAGAAGAAGGAGGGAGGAGGUUAUCAGGCUAGCAGUGCGAUGCAGCAAGGCGGCGGCUCAUACGCGGCUGGCCGCGGCAUGUACGAAUACGAGUCCGGAUCUCGAAGCAAAGAGAGUCACUCAGAGAAGAAGACCGCAGUCCCCAUCUGCCUACCGCUCUGCUGCGCCAUGCCCUGCGUCAUCAUGUAAAACUUACCACACUAAAACCCCACGGGGUUAUUUACAAUUAAUUUAAUAAAUUCACCCUGUACCGAGAACUACAUAACCAUUCCAUUGUUUAUCUAGUAUCGGGACAGGGAUAUCGUUAAGUUUUGUACGUAACAGACUUUUCUAAGAAAUUGGAAUAAACAUUAAUAACAUAUCAAAUUAAGGUUAUAAUUAAAAUUGACCUUGAAUCAAAAGGUCAUACAGAUCAGUCGUAAAAGUUUUAAUUGUAAGUUUUGACAGAUGAUAUCAGAACGUUAUUUAUAUUUUUAAAUUAAGAAGGCAAGUUUCUAUACGCUUCUCCUUAGCAAGCGUAUGAGAGCUUGCAAAUGACGAAUGUUCUAACGAAUCUCAUUAAAAAUAAUGUUUACAAUGUUACGCAUUAUCUAAUGUUUAUAAAUAAUUGUUUUAAUAUAAAAUGUCAAUUACUUUUUGUAAUCGGUUUAUAUUUGUCAUCAUUCAACAAAUCUUAAGAUUAUGGAAAUAAUUUAUAAAUGUCUAUACUCGAAUAAGCUAAACUAACAAGGUGCCAUUAAUGAUAUUUUAGAACAUCAAGUAGCGCAUAUAAUUUUAAAAGAUUUUUACAGUGCGCUCAAGUAUAUUGUGUAUAGAUUACUAUUUUUAUUUUAUUAUUAAUAAAAAAAAUAUUAACUUUA